AUGACUGGGCUAUCAGUAGAAACCGAGAGACGGGGCAAAUACGUGGUAUGUUUCGACCCCCUUGAUGGCUCAUCUAAUAUCGACUGCCUCGUCUCUGUGGGCUCAAUCUUCGCUAUUUACAAAAAGUCUUCGGCCGGGGAGCCGUGCGAAGCGGACGCGCUACGUCCAGGGCGGGAACUGGUCGCGGCUGGCUAUACUGUGUACGGCUCUGCCACCAUGAUGGUGCUGGCUUUGGGCAAGGGGAAAGGGGUCAAUGGGUUCAUGUACGAUCCGUCCAUCGGCGAAUUUAUCCUCACCGAUCCUAAUAUGAAAAUACCGGAGAGGGGCAAAAUUUAUUCAAUUAAUGAGGGUUACGCGGCAGAAUGGUCCGAUGGGCUCAAGAAAUACAUAGAAGAGAAGAAAUGUCCAACCAAAGGCAAAGCAUAUGGCGCCAGAUACGUGGGCUCUAUGGUUGCGGAUGUUCAUAGAACUAUUAAAUAUGGGGGAGUGUUUAUGUAUCCAGCUACUAAAUCGGCGCCUAAUGGAAAGCUCCGUCUACUCUACGAAUGCAACCCAAUGUCGUACAUAGUGACGGAAGCAGGUGGUCUAGCCACUAACGGCAGUAUACCAAUCCUGGACAUCCAACCAACCUCCAUACACCAGAGGGCGCCUUGCUAUCUCGGCUCUAAGCAAGAUAUGGAAGAAUUGAUGUCUUUCUUGAAAUAAUUUUGUAAUAAACGUUUGAUAGUA